UCUUCCGCCCUCAUUCCACAUCAACAACCAAACCUCACCAACUCUUUAUAUAAAUAAACAAAUCUCCCUCUCAUAUUGUAUUUACAUCACAACAAGAAAGAAAUAAACAAUAAAAGAUCCCUUUGAGUUUGGCCAAAAGCAAAAGCAACCGAUUGAAGAAUCUACACAAAGCAAAGGGAAGGAGGAGACAAUUUUAGCACCAUCAUGUUGAGGCUUACGUUGGCCUUGUGUGUUUUGAGUAGCAUAAUUUUGACAUCCUCAGCUCAAACUCAAUCUUGUAAAAACCAAACAUUCUCAGACAACAGAGCGUUCACAACAUGUCGUGAUCUUCCACAGUUAACCUCGUACCUCCACUGGUCAUACGAUGAAACAAGUGGCAAAUUAGACAUAGCAUACAUACAUACUGGAAUAACUGCAACAAAUAGGUGGGUUGCUUGGGCCAUCAAUCCAAGCAGAAAUCUUGACCCAGCCAUGAUCGGAGCACAAGCUUUGGUGGCUAUUCCACAAGCCAGUGGAAGCCCAAAAGCCUAUACUUCAAACAUUAUAGACACAAGCACACGGUUGCAAGAAGGAACCAUUAGUUAUCCUGUUUCUGGGUUGUCUGCCACGUAUCAGAAUAACGAGGUUACUAUUUUUGCUACUUUGACCCUUCCAAAUGGAACAACCUCUUUUGUUCAUGUAUGGCAAGAUGGAGUUCUCUCUUCUGAUUCUACUCCUCAAGAACAUAGCCAUGAAUCUUCUCACCAAAACUCCAAGGAAGUCUUGGAUCUUGUUUCUGGUACCUCCCAAGCUGCAAGUGGGAUUGGUUCGCGUCAAAGAAGAAGAAAUACACAUGGAGUACUAAAUGCUAUUAGUUGGGGAAUCUUGAUGCCAACGGGAGCAGUAAUAGCAAGGUAUUUGAAGGUGUUCAAAUCUGCAGACCCUGCUUGGUUCUAUCUUCACAUAACUUGUCAAGUCUCUGCCUACAUAGUUGGAUUAUCUGGUUUUGGUACUGGUCUCAAACUCGGUAGUGAUUCAGUGGGUAUUACAUACGACACUCAUAGAGCACUUGCUAUUGUUCUUGUAACCUUGGCAACUCUUCAAGUGUUUGCUCUAUUUUUGAGGCCAAACAAAGACCAUAAGUUGAGAUUUUACUGGAAUAUCUACCACCACGUUGUAGGGUAUGUUACCAUAAGCAUUAGCAUUGUAAACGUUUUCAAAGGGUUUGAAGCAUUGGGAGAUUUUGUAGGGGAUCGUUACAAGAACUGGAAGCAUGCUUACAUUGGUAUUAUUGGUGCUUUGGGGGGCAUUGCUGUCCUUUUGGAAGCUUACACGUGGAUGGUAUGCAUGAAGAGGAAGAAAGCAGAGAACAAGACUUCAGAUGGUGUUAAUGGAGCAAAUGGCCAUGGUUCUUCUACCCUUUAAGCCAUAGUAAGUAUAGGAAUGAUGUGUAGAAAGAUUACAUUGGAUUUUUUCUGUUAUUUUGUGUCUUUUACUUUUAGACCCCUUUGUAUAUUUUGGGUACUCCAGCUUCUUCUUAAGAGUCUUAGUUUUGACUUUUUUGAGGUAAUUCUUUCACAGGAUACUUACUUUUAGGGGUGUGCUUUUUGUGUGUGCGCUAUACAUUGUAUCACUUUCUAUUUCUUCAUAUUUGUAUUUAUUUAUUUAUUUUAGUUAUGUUUUACUCUUCCUACA